AUGGAGCAAGCAGACUAUGAUGAUUACUCUGUUCCCGAAUGUGAAAUACCAGAAAAUUCUGAUCGUCGUUGGUACUUAGUGGCUAUUGUUGGUACUCCACUAAGUGUAAUUAGUCUGUUCUCAAAUCUCCUCAUUGCAAGAGCUGUUCUACCCCGAAAACAAAGCCCUUUCUUUUUUCUUGGACUUUUAGCAUUCAGUGAUAGCUUUUUAUCAUUUUGUUAUGGUCCUGUCAUUGCUAUGGAUAUUAUCAAGAAUAGAGUUCAGUGGUUAUGGUUGAAUUGGAUGUGGUGGUCAUAUGUUGGACCACUUUUAGCUCUUUGUCAUGUUUCAAUGACAUUUUCUUGCUUUUUGAUAAUUUUGAAUACAAUCGAGAGGUACCUCAUCACAAAGCAAUCUAAUUUGCUUCAUAAAUUCCGAAAUAAUCGUUGUAUUGCUGCUUGUGCAAUGUUUCUUUUUGCAUUAGUAGUACGAGGAAGCAUAAUUCAUAAAAAAAAUUGUACUGGUUUGGCUGAAUACGAGCCAACACUAACACCGUUAGUGACAACUUGGUUUUAUGGCACUGUAUUUCGGUUUUAUUUUCGUAAUAUUGUUACCGUUUUUAUACCAUUCUUCCUACUUGCAUACUUAAAUAUUCGAAUCGUUUUAACUUUACGCGAACAACAACGAACAGCAUCAUUUUUCAAAUUUCAAUCAAACGAGCAUAAAUGUAAAGUUCGAUCAGCUACAAGAUUAGCUGUUUUUGUAGUAUGUUCAUAUCUUAUGGCCAAUGUACUUAAUGUUUUAAUUACUGCUUGGGAGUACAUCGACUUUGAAUCCGCUCAAACUGAAGAAGCAUUUUGGAUUUAUGAAACAUGUACUGACGUAAUUUCGGUAUUAUAUGUGCUAACAUGCGCAACUCGUCUACUUGUUUACAUGUCUUGCAAUAAAGAAAUAUGCAAUAUGAUUCUGACAACACUAAAACUUAAUUCACGAUCAUUUUCCUCAUAA